AUGAUUUUUGUCGUUUUAGAUUGUCAAGCGCAGUUCGAUUUCACUGAACAUACGCUAGAAGAUUGUGAUGGGAAAUGUUGGAAGUCUAUUGAUUUGAUCGAUUUGAAACGUAUAGGAAAUAAUAGUGAAGAACGAUUGAAAUUAAAAGAUAAAGCUUUGGCGUUACUUCGCUCGAGUCGCCGAUGUUUUUCAGCUGACGAAUUACUUCGCGCAAAUGAAAUGGGAAUUGUUACAGCGAAUGGAUGUCGAAAAUUAAAACGAGAUUCGGAUAAGUCCAAAGAAAUUUGCUUUUGUUCAGAUCAAGAUAUGUGUAAUCAAGUCAUGAAAGUAUCCAAUUCUUUAUUUAUUCAAUACGCAUCUGUUCUAACUCUUUUCUUAUGUCUAUUGUAA